AUGGAAACGGUUGGCUACAGCGUGGCACGUGGGGCAGAGCUGAGUGGUGAUUGGCGCUGGCCUCGAGUUCCGGGAGGUCCGCCGUCUCCGUUCAUCCGCUGCAGCGCGGCUGCAAGAAACUUUUGACUCGAAGCAACUUUUGUGACGGGCCGCGUGUGACCAGAAUACACGAAAGUGCUGAAUCUGUGAAGUCAACCAGAAAGAAAGAAUCAACAGAAAAAAUAUCAUGCAUUCAAGGUCUUCUGAGGGUUCUCAGCCAUCAAGUGCUAAAGAUGUGAACAAGUAUACAACUGCAGGAAUGUCAAAGCAAUUAAAUUCUGAUGCCAUCUUAAAAACAGACACUCCUCGCACCUGUGAUCUGAAGACUCUACGAGCAAAGCGUCUGGUUUACUUUGUAGACCGUAACCAUAACUGUACAAAUUCAUCUACAGCUGUUGGCAGUUUGGGAUUUGAUGACAAACAAGUUAACAUUGAUCACACGAUUGCUGACCCACAAAGAGGAAAUUUGCUUAAUGCUGAGCAAAAUGUUUCUUUAAUAGAUAAAGAAUUUGAUAUCAAUGAAUUAACUCAACAUACAAGAAUUCAAGAUACAAGGGAGGUCCAUUUUACAGAUUUAGAAACAUCAUUGAACAUUUCUGAGAGUGAUGAGAAAGCUGCUUGCACCCCAAAACCAGAUUAUAAUCUCCUGGAGAAUCCCAAUGUAUCAGAAAUCCAGAAGCUCAGGCAUAUUCUGUGCUGGGCUCAAAAAGUCCUGAAAAAGAGUAAGAAGGAUUCAAAUACCCAAGAAUAUCAAAGCACUAUAAAGGUAAAUGAGACAGAAUUGGCUGAGAGCCACUUGAAUCCUGAUGUACCACAACCAACUACUUUUAAUUGGUCCACAAGUACCAAUAAAAGUAUCCACAGAGACCCUCUCAGAAGCAGAUUUGAUGAUGCAAAAUGCUCAACAGAUACUUCUUCUGAAAAUUGCAGUUCACUUGAUUUAUUAAGGCAACGUGGGACUUUGGUUCCGACUUCUUCCUUUACUACCACCCUGAAUGAUGUGCAAGAACAAUGUACAUCAACAAAUAUUGGCUAUGCAGGCAAGCAUCAUUUUGAUUCUAAUAAUAUUUUGGAAAGAAAAUAUACUGAGCAAGUGCACACAUAUAAUGUUUCAAAUAACAACUGGAAAUUUAAAGGUUCAGGGGAAAGUGAAGUGCUGGUGACCAAGUUACCAAAUGAAAAUUGCCAUUCUAUGGCUGGUAAUGUGAGUGUACUUAACAGCGAUAAUUAUUUUUGGAUUCCCCUUGAAGCUGCUUCAGAUGAUGAAUCUAUCACUGAAAAUAAACAAAUGAAGGAAGCAUCUGUGGAACCUUUUGUGAAAAGCAACAUCACUCCACUUUUGUGCCGUAGUAAUAAUCAUUAUCACAAUAAUAAUAGGGAGCCAACCUUAUCAGCCAGAACAGUAACACUUAGAAAAUCCCCAGUAACAUAUUACAGUUCAGGAGAUAUAUUGGCAAGCCCUGUUAAUCUGCAUAACACUGUACAACACAACAUUAGCAAUAACAAUCAUAAUAAUAGUAAUAAUAGGGAGCCAACUUUAUCAGCCAGAACAGUAACACUUAGAAAGUCUCCUGUAACAUAUUGUAACAGUUCAGGAGAUAUACUGGCAAAUCCUGUUAAUCUGCAUAACGCUGCCCCACAUUACAAAUCAACAGUUUGUGAUAAAGGAAAACAUAAUUAUGCAUGGGAAGCUAAAAAAGCAGAGGAAUACUUCUCAGGAGGCUACCAUGAACUUUCACUGGGAGACUCAAAAAUUGCUGAUGAGCCUGGAGUUUCACCAAACCUGGAAGAUGCUGGUUUUAAUUUGAAAUUACCAAUUGAUUUGCCAGUUAUUCCAACCACCUGCAACUAUGUAAUUGAGAGUUCAAGUGAAGAAAUAACAACAAGUGAAAAAGACAAAGGAACUAAGCUAGACAAAGCUUCCCAGGAAAGAGGAAAUAGUGACCAGUUCCCUGAAAAAUUUAGAAACUUAAGUAUUACAAAUGCAAAUAAAAUCUUACUUUCAUUUUCAUCAAUAUCUCCAAAAUAUUGUAGUGACAUAAUAAUGGACGACAGUGAAAAUUUGCCAGCACUGGAAAUAUUAAAGAAAGAAGCAAACUCUGAUAAUAGUGAAAAUGAAGCAAGGUACCAAAUAACCGAGAGUAAGGCACAAAAUGCUUCAAAAUUGUCUUCAUUGCCUAUGCUAUCAUCCUAUGAUGUCAACGAUUCAAAAACAUCCAGUAUGCAAUUAGAAAAAGAGGAGUCUAUAGAAAGUGAGAGAGACCAAAUCACAGGGGAAAAUAGAGACUCUUUCCUCUAUGCAAGUAAUCUGGUCAAAUGUUGCCCUGAGUGCAAAAGUGAUAACAGUUCAACUGUUAACUGGUGCACAGAAUGUGGAUGUGUUCUGAUUGGGAUUACACCACAAAGUUGUGAUGUUACCAGUAAUAUUGAUGGAAGAGCAUUCUCAAAUCCCAGAGGUAGUCCUAAUAAAGAGAAAAUAGCAAUAGAUGGAUUAAAAGAGCAUUCUGAAAUUGUAGAAUCGGAGGUAUAUGAUUUUAAAGAUUCAGAAGACAGUACUUGUCUCUCUUUAGAGACGUGUGAGCCUCAGCUAAGUGUAUAUCAGAAAUAUCUUCUGUACAUGGAACAUCUGGAAAAACUACGAGGCCAACAUCAAACCAGAGAACAACAGCAGACUGAUGUCCUUUUAGUAAAGGAAAAUGCAAAUCAGACAGAAACAGUGGAUAAAGGCAACAGCUCCUAUGGAAAGCAUGAACCUGAAAAUAGUAAUAUUGCCUCAUUUGUAAUGAACACGCAUUUCCCUGACCAAACAGAUAGAAAACAUAUUGUUCAUGAGCAAGGUUCUGAAGACAACCCAAUUCCCAAGCCAGACGUAGGAACCAUACCUUUGGCAGAAAAUGUACCAGGAGUUACAACACUGCAUUGUGGUUUUCAGGAGGAAUAUUACUUACAGCAAGACAGCAGUGUUGGAACAUCGAAGAACAUGUUGCACAGAGCUACUUUGAACCAAAACUUUGGAAAUCAGAAUUUUACUUCUCUGGACUAUGAGAACAAUAAAGGAACUUUGGAAGGUAAUUAUUAAAUAGUCAAAGGUUCGCUGUGCUCUUUUACCCUCUCUACACCACACUUUGUAUGUAAAUGAUUUAUGUAAUUCUUAUUUUGUUUUGUUGUUUACCAAAUUGAAAUUAUCCCAUGAAAUUUAAGGUUUAAAAUAGAGUAGUUUUAUCUGUGAAACUACUGAUGAGUUUGUAUCUUUAUAAGCAAAUUUUAUUGAAAGGCAAUAUAUAAUAAUUAGCAUGCUAGCAAACCUUGCUAUUGGAACAUAUACUUGCUUCUGCCGUGUAGAUAUUGCAUCAGAGCUUAUUCCGUCUUGGAAUUGUAGAAAAUAAGAAGCAUACAUGUACUGUGCUGACUAAUGGAGGAAGUUCAGCACCCAUAGAUACUGUAUGUUAAAUAAACACAUCUUUUUGUUCAUUUGUCACAGAAUCAGGUAUUCAAUUUGCUUCUUCUCAUGUCCACAGGGCACUUUGCCAAAUAAAUGCCUAUGCAGCAUGGUAAUUAUUGUUAGCUAGGAAAACACGUGGCUCUACAUACACACAGCAAGUUGUCACGAACAGCAAAUUCAUGAAUGAUCAAAUAACCAAUGGUGUUGAUUUCCACUUUGCAUUAAGCCUUUAUUAGAACCCAAGCCAGGGUCCUUUGUGUACAUAGGGUGUAAUGUUUCUGUUUUGCUCUAAAUUCCAUAAAUGUUUGAAGAAAUAGGAGUCAAAGUGAAGUCAUAAGUUAUUACCAAUGUGGCAUCACAAAAGUACUAAUUAAAUUCCUUGAGCUACACAAAUUAUCAUUAAGGAAUGUUGAUUUUCAUGGUACUAUAGUUGACAUAAAUAGAAUGUAGCCUGUGUGAUAUCUAAAUUUCUUCAGUUGUAUAAUGGAAUUAAAGUACAUGAUCCAUUCACUAUGCUUCAUUUUGUGAAAACAUGUAAUAUUUUGGUAUCACAAUUAUGUAGUUGGCAGGUAAUUUGUUCUUGAGCACAUAAAACAGUAACUAGUUGGGCUCAUUCCUUGCCCUGUCCAGGUGGUAUAAGAGGGUUUUAAUUUCUGGAUGACAUAAUAUACCAUUUAGACCCUUAAUUUGAUGAGUGAGGGUCCUUUAAUAGCUCAUUAAAAUAUUAAUAUGCUAUAGAAAUUAUGGAAUGAAAUAAAAUCUUUACACAC